ACACAGCUGGCACUAGCUUGGUUUUAGUUCAAUUUUUGCUGUUCCCCAUGGAUAAUUCCACCAAUUAAUUUUUGAGGGGGUGACCUCAAGUUGUUCAAGUUGGGGCAUGGCUAAAGCCGCAUUUACACUAUGUGCUUUAACCUGACCUGGACCAGGCCUAGGCCUAGAUGUGGACAUUGUUUAUCAAGCCUAGACCAGGCCUGGACCUGACCUGCCAGACCUGGGGCAAGAUUUUGGUAAUGUGAACAGGCUUUACCUAGUCCUGACAAAUUUUGAACUUAAUAGUAUGAUUUGUAUAGGAUACAUAUAGUAUUACCACUUUUCAGCCUGUUUUGGGUCUUUUUUCAAGUAUUUUGUCAAUUAUUUUGGCUAUCCAAUAUCAGCAACAAGGAAGACAGUGUGAACGUGGCACAUAUUACCUAGACUUGUCCUAGACCUGUCCUAGACCUGGUCCAGGUAAAGGGCCAAGUGUAAACGCAGCUUAAAUCUAUUAGCAAUGCAGCGUGCUAUUCUUUCCGAUCCUGUCUAUGACAACUCCAAUCAAUAUUUUUUAUCAAUCGAAGAGGCUUAUGAAAAUUCGUUGAAAAAGGAAACACACUUUUUAAAGACAAAGAAAGAUCUAGGUGUGCAUAAUCAGCCUACUAUAGUUCAACAGUUAUGUGGAAGGUUGGUAACUCCAUUGCACCUCACAGGCCUACAUAGAUCAAUGUUUACUACCAUUAUAGAGGUUCAGAGCACCCCGGAACAGCUUGAAAAAUGGAUGCCAUUGAUCAAGAAGUACAGAAUUGUGGGUACAUAUGCUCAGACUGAGAUGGGUCAUGGAACCAACGUGCGUGGUUUGGAGACCACAGCUACAUACAGUCCGGAAACUGAAACUUUCAUCAUUCAUAGUCCAACAUUAACUGCAACAAAAUGGUGGCCUGGAUCACUUGCCCACACCUCGACACACGCCAUCGUGAUGGCAAGAUUGAUAACACAAGGACAAGAUCAUGGGAUUCAUGCCUUUAUUGUUCAAAUCCGAAGCCUGGAAGAUCAUAAAGUUUUACCAGGAAUAAAGUUGGGUCAUAUUGGUCCCAAAAUGGCAUACGACAUAAUAGACAAUGGUUUCAUGAACUUUAACAAAGUUCACAUACCAAGAGAAAACAUGUUGAUGAAAUAUAGUCAGGUAUCAAGGGAUGGGUAUUACACUAGGUUGAAACGAGACAGUUCGAAAUUGACGUAUAUUUCUAUGGUGAUGACGCGAGUAUACAUUGUCUUCGCUACAGCGGAGUCGCUAAGUAAAGCUUGCACCAUCGCAAUACGAUACAGCGCUGUACGGAGGCAAAGCAAGCUGGAUGAAAGCAAACCUGAAUUACAAGUUUUGGACUACAAGACACAGCAAUAUGUUCUUUUGCCUUUGCUUGCAACGUCUUAUGCAUUCUGGUUCACGUCAAUUGAAACCGCAAAACUGUAUUUUCAAGUCCAAAUGGAAAUCCAAGAAGGAAAUCUCAGCAAUGCACAAGAGUUACAUGCGACAAGUGCUGGAAUGAAGGCUUUUACAACCCAAGUUGCUGCAGCAGGAGUUGAGGCUUGUCGGUUUCGUUGUGGUGGUCAUGGUUUCUCGAUGUCCAGUGGUCUUCCAUCAAUCUAUGGCGACCAUGCAGCGCCCGCGUGCACAUACGAAGGAGAUAACAUUGUAAUGAUGUUACAAACAGCAAGGUAUUUGGUGAAAUGUUGUUCAAUGAUAGCAUCUGGCCAACCAUUAUCGACGCCGACAGCUGCCUACCUUACCUCUGCUGUCUUGGACACCGCGUGUAUAGCAACUUCAUCCCAGGACUUUAGAAAUCCAGACAUAUUACUCCGAGCAUACAAGCACAGAGCAGCAAGAUUAGUUUUGGCUGUUUCCAGAAAGGUAAAAUCGAGCACGUCAAAUGGUAUAAGUGCCGGUGAUGCUUGGAACAAUUGUUCAGUGGAGUUAGUACGAGCUGCUCAGGCUCAUUGUCAUCAAUUCGUGGUUGAACAAUUUUCCAAUGCUAUGAAGAACGAAAAUUUCAGCGCGACCCUUCGUCCUGUUAUGGAAGCUUUGUUUAGUCUUUAUUGCGUUCAUGGAAUUGUGGAAAACGCAAGAGAUUUCUUAGAGGACGGCUACAUGACAGGAACUCAUGUCAGCAUGGCGAACGAUGUAAUGAUGGAAUUGUUCAAUGAAAUAAGCCAAUCGCCCAAAAAUGUGCGCGAACUACGAGAAGUUGCUAAAAGUCUAGAUGUCCAGCUUCUAAAGAUCGGUAAGGUACUGAGUACGAGAUGGAUUGCGAGUGGUCACAGGAUGGUUUUGGCAGUUUGGAACAACUACGAAGCACUCUGCAAACAGUUCAAAAACAAAGCAGCUGAAAAAGGAAAGAAUUUAACAAUGUACGAGGGGUUAAACAAGCGAAUCCAGUCGGAGGAAUUCCUGUUGGACUUGGCACUCAUGUGUGAUGUUCUUUUUGAGCUUUCUGAGCUCUCCGAGGCCAUGCAACACCGUUCAAUGAACAUCAUCAAAGCCAACAGAUGUAUCAAGCGGUCCACGAGAAGCAUCGAAACAUUGAAGCGCAAGACUGGAACAAAGUUGAUGAUAGCCAAGGAUGCGGUCAAGGAAGGAAGAUUUGGCACUGUACCACUAGUUUCCAAUCGAGACAUGUCAAUAUUGGUGCUAAUGCAUCAAUAGACAAAUUGCUAGAUGCAAUGAAAGAUCGUCUCUUUGCCACAUGUGCCUCUGGAACUGUUCGCGAAAGUGCUGCCUAUCAGAAGCUUCUUGAUCAGAUUUGCUUUCUCUACCCUGGCAACUUAUUGGCCACAGGAUCUUGAUCUAAAUUAUGGUGAGGAAGAGGUACGAUCAUUGUGCGAUCGGUUUUCCCUUCCAAGAAGUUCAACAGUGCCUGCGUUCCAAGACUAUGUUGAUGUCAAGGGAGACGAGUACCUGACGAUCUUCAGCCUCUAUUGACAUGUUGCUCUUGUAUCCCGGUCUCAUCGGCAGAAUGCGAACGUGGGUUUAGUCAAAUGAACUUGGUUUGUACGUCAGUAAGAAAUCACCUACUUGCUGAACGAAUAUCGAAUUUAAUGUUUAUUAAACUUGUUGGUCCUCCGAUUAAUGCUUGGGAUCCAGACAAAUAUACUAAAUCCUGGUUGCGAAAACAUCAUUCGGCCAAUGAUGAAAGAGUAAGAAAGCGAAAGUUAGAGGAAGAUGCUGAAAGUGAGCAGGAGCAGACAGCCGCAAAACAACGACUUUGGCAAUUACUUUAGACAUUUUAAAUUUUCCAUAUACCUAGUAAAUAUCACUGAUAUAGAACAUAGUCUCAACAAGAUAAUUAGUUUGAAUUUACUCUUUGUAUAUCAUGAUAUUGUGUUAUACGUAUUUUGGCAAUGCCUAUACGUAUUUUGACCACGCCCAUAUAUAGGCCACGCCCAUUGAAAUUUAAAAUACGCGUUCGGCGUUCCCCCACUUCCAAAAUUUGCAAAACAUCGCUGAUUUAAAGUCGUUAUCAUUAAGUUACUUACCAACCACUAUCCCAUCGCCAAAUGUCAUUGAUGCAAAGGAAUAAUGGCAGGGUAAAAAAUACAAACAAACAAACUAAUUAUGCUUCUAGCUUCUGAACUCGCAAGUGGGUGUAGGUAACUUGUAAUGACGGUUUGUGACAACAGCUGUGCUCCUUUCUCUGACUGGGAUAAUUGG